AUGGGAAAAAGUUUGAAACUUCGUUUCUCCAAAGUUAUUGCUUCCUUCAAUUCUUGCCGUUCCAAAGAGCCUUCUUCUGUUCCCCAAAAUCCUAAUUUCUACCCAUCACAUACUACUAAUAAUAGUAAGCUCAGUACAAAUCCAAAUACUCCUUACGAGCCGGAAUUCAAGUGGCAGAAAGAAGAGAAGUUUCACGUGAUUUCCAGCUCCUUCGUCUCUGAAGAAGAAGAAGAAGAAGAACAAUGUGAAGAGGAGGAGAUACAUUUGGCCAUAAAGCCGCCAACUACUCCUCCGCGAUUCAGUACUCAUCAUGUUGAGAAGACGGAGAAGAAGAAACGGAGAGUUAAAAAGACGAAAACGAGGAGUAGAGCGAUUAGAAUGAGCACGUCUUCAGCUGAGGAGUACUGCAGAACUGAAAGUGAAGAGGAAACUGAAACUUUGGUUUCAUCUUCCAGAAGCUUCGAUUUCUCGAGUGAUGAUGAUUCGUCUACUGAUUUUAAUCCUCAGUUGGAAACUAUAUGUGAGACUGCUACAAUUAGGCGUCGGUACAAGAGAAACGGCAACACCAAGAGGAGAGUGAAGCAUUCUAGACCAAGUUUCUCCUCUUCAAAAGGUAGAAGAUCGUCGGUUUCUACAUCAUCAGACAGCGAGUUACCAGCUAGGUUAUCAGUGUUCAAGAAGCUAAUACCAUGUAGUGUAGAUGGGAAAGUGAAGGAGAGCUUCGCGAUCGUGAAGAAAUCGCAGGAUCCUUAUGAAGAUUUCAAGAGAUCAAUGAUGGAAAUGAUAUUGGAGAAGGAAAUGUUUGAGAAGAAUGAGCUUGAACAGCUUUUACAAUGUUUUCUGUCGUUGAACGGAAAACAUUAUCAUGGGGUGAUUGUUGACGCUUUUUCUGAGAUUUGGGGGACUUUAUUUUUAGGUAACAGUAAUAAUAAUGAUGGUAAUGAUAGAGGUAGGAGGAAGUCAAGUCAUUCCCACCCACCUGCUGCUGUAUGCAGAAUGUCCCUUUGAUUAAUCCAGCAUCUAUGUUAGGUC